GGCUCAGCUUUUCGUCUCCUGUAGUCUGUUUUUCUUUUCUUUCGCUGCUCGAUGGGGAGGAGCACAACACGAGUGUAGCCCGCAUGUUCCUUUUGUUAUUUACAUUUUCACGAUAAGACUAGUAGUUUUAUUUACUUUACGGUUGGUGAUAAACUUUUUCUAUUUUUUUCGUGUUUAUCGUUCAACUGCUCUGAAGGAUAUAUAUAUUUUUCUUCUUGGGUGGAACGUUACCGAAACCCACGUUGUCGCCAUAGCAACAUGCCCAUUCGGCGUUUCGGGGGUCACAGGUCACUGGUAUCGCACUCUCAAAUCCCGAAGCUGUCGUAUGGUUACACCAGGAUGAAUAUCUCAAGAACUGGGUACCGAGUGUUUUCUGCCAACUCCACCACCGCAUGCACCGAGCUGGCCAAGAAGAUAACGGAACGCCUGGGUGUGGAGUUGGGCAAGUCAGUGGUUUACCAAGAGUCAAAUAAAGAGACAAGAGUGGAUGUGAAAGAGUCCGUCCGUGGGCAAGACAUCUUUAUCAUUCAGACCAUCCCCAGAGAUGUCAACACGGCCAUCAUGGAGCUGCUGGUCAUGGCGUACGCCCUGAAGACGUCCUGUGCCAAGAACAUCAUCGGGGUCAUUCCCUACUUCCCGUACAGCAAGCAGUGCAAGAUGAGGAAGAGAGGAUCCAUCGUCUGCAAGCUGCUCGCCUCCAUGUUAGCUAAAGCUGGUCUCACUCACAUCAUCACCAUGGACCUGCACCAAAAAGAAAUCCAGGGAUUCUUCAACUUCCCCGUUGACAACCUGAGGGCCUCCCCCUUUCUCAUCCAGUACAUCCAGGACGAGAUCCCAGAUUACAGGAAUGCUAUAAUUGUUGCAAAGUCUCCUUCAGCUGCCAAGAGAGCUCAGUCCUACGCUGAGAGGCUUCGACUCGGGCUGGCGGUGAUGCACGGCGAGGCCAACCACUCGGAGUCAGACAUGGCCGAUGGGCGACAGUCUCCCCCCUUGUCCCGCACCACCACAGGACACACCGGCCUGGAGCUGCCAUCCAACGCAGGCGGCAGACAUCAUGUCCCAUUCCCUGGGAUAGAGCUCCCAAUAAUGAUGGCAAAGGAGAAGCCGCCCAUCACUGUCGUUGGAGACGUCGGAGGCCGUAUCGCCAUCAUUAUUGACGACAUCAUCGACGACGUGGACGACUUUGUAGCAGCUGCAGAGAUCCUGAAGGAGAGGGGAGCCUACAAAAUCUACAUCAUGGCUACGCACGGUCUGCUGUCGGCCGACGCCCCCAGGCUCAUAGAGGAGUCUGCUAUUGAUGAGGUGGUCGUGACCAACACCGUUCCUCACGAGUUGCAGAAGCUGCAGUGUCCAAAAAUCAAAACCGUGGACGUCAGUAUGAUCCUGGCUGAGGCCAUCCGACGCAUCCACAACGGAGAGUCCAUGGCCUAUCUGUUCCGCAACAUCGCUGUGGAUGACUGAGGCAUCACACACACACUUUAACACUUAACAUUCCUGCUGACAUUAGUGAGCACACACACACACACACACACACACACACACACACACACACACACACACACACACACACACACACACAUUGAUGACCAAGACCUCAGGUUGACUCCAGCCUGUGCUUUAUUUCCUCCUGUUUGUUCUGCUGUUACACACAGAGGCUGCUCUAGCCGUAUGUUACACAUGAAAAAGCUUCAUUUUCUCUGUUACUUAAUGGGACUGCACCGACUCGACAAACUGUCACACUUCACUGACUCUGUCACCAUUUGAAAAACAUAAAUACCACAAACAUAUCAUGUAUCAUGCAGCCCCUUUGAGUGCGCUGCAGAAUCCAGUAAAUAAAUCAGUUCUUCUGGA